AUGGAACAGCGCGCUGCCAAAGAAUUGAAGGAUGGCAUGUAUGUCAACCUUGGCAUCGGCAUGCCAACGCUGGUGAGCAACUACACAGCCCCGGGCGUCCGCAUCGAGCUGCAGAGCGAGAAUGGACUCUUGGGCAUUGGCCCCUACCCCUCCGAAAGCGAGGUGAACCCCGACCUCAUCAAUGCGGGCAAGGAGACCGUGACCAUGAUCCCCGGCUCGUCGCUCUUUUCCUCCUCCGAGUCCUUCGGAAUGAUCCGCGGGUCUAAAGUGGAUGUGACCAUUCUCGGUGCCAUGGAGGUGGCAGCCAAUGGCGACUUAGCCAACUGGAUCAUUCCGGGGAAGAUGGUCAAGGGCAUGGGCGGAGCCAUGGACUUGGUCUCCAGCGACUCCAAGGUGUUGGUCGUCAUGGAACAUGUGGCGAAAGGCAACAAGCACAAGCUUAAGCCCAGCUGCAGUCUUCCGCUGACGGGCCAACGGGUCGUCGACCGAUGUAUCACCGACAUGGCCGUCUUUGACUUUGUCACCGAGGGGGCCGAGGCGCCUCCCACACUAAUGGAGAUCGCUCCAGAUACCACUGUGGACGCGGUCAGGGAGGCCACAGGCUUCGACUUUCAGGUCGCCGAACCGUUGAAGACCAUGCUGGCAGAUUGA